AUCCGCGCUGAGGUCGGCGUUGAGGUCUAUGAUGCGGUCGUGUCCUCAGCAAUGAAGCCUUCGGGCACCACGCGCGCGGCAGAGUUGGCAUCAUGCAUUCGAGAGAAUUCUGACGCGCGCGCUGGUGCCCCGGCGCUCAUUACUGCAUAUCGAGUGCGACCAGGAACCGAAGCGCUGGUCGAGGCGGAGUUGCGCAGCAAGCUUGCGGAGAACGCUAAUGCCAUUGCCGCUUGCAGCACAGCCGCUGCCGCUGUGGGCGUCGCGUCGUGCAUGCAGUUGUACAGCGCACCAACAAUCGGCCACAACUGUUCGCUGGCGGCGUACGCCCUUGUUGGGUCGGCUCGGAAACUGCACAUGGAAGGUGCGGGCAAGGAGUUCGACGGGCACCUUGACGACGUGUGGCCGGAUGCCCAGCCCGGCAGCAGCAGCAGCAGCAGCAGCAGCGGGUCAGGCGGCGGAGACGCAAGCCCAGAGCAGGAGGUCUACCUGGAACGCUUUAGGGAGGUUGCGGUGAAAGAGAUUGGCGUCGCUGCGGAGCACUUUGGCAACAACGCACCGCAGCUCCGCAAACACAUUGGGGUGACGCCCGCGGAGCUGUCGGAGCUGCACGCCUCAGUCUUGGAGCGCAUGCCCGAACACCCUGGGCCCAGCGGCGGGGCGGACGCCAUCAAGGAGUACCUUGCCACCAUUGCUCGGCGCCAGCUGCCCGUGGAGGUUUUUGGGGUGUUCGCACUCAGUCGCUUCCUGCCGGUGCUGGUGCUGCAGGGCAGGAAGAUGGACGAUGGGCGGCAGCUAAGCAUGCAGGCGCUAUUGUACACAGGCGGAAACAGCGUCGCUGAGGUGACCAGCAGCGGGUGGAGGUGUGGGACUGGCAACGGUGAUGGGAGCGGCGGCGGGGGUGCUCCAGGAGCUCACAGCAGCAGCAGCAACGUUCGCGCGCCAGGCGCACAGCAGGCAGCAGGCGCCCGCUGUGGCAUUGACGCCGCAGACAUGCUGUGCGUUGGCGCUUGCGGCGACCAUUUCUAUGGUGCGGUGCCGAGGUCUGGCUUCAACGUGUUGCUGCCGCCGCCUGAAGUUUUGGCUGCGUCAGCACAGGAUGGGCCGUCUGCGUGCAAGGACCUCGGAACACCGUUUCACAUGGCCAUGGUGCCGCGGCACCUGCGCCACGUGUUGGAGGAGGUGGCCAUAGCCGCGUACAUCAACGACGGCCGCGUGGAGGUAGUGGAGCCAGCUGUGAUGCAGCGCGGUCAGCAGACUCGAGCUGUUGAAACCCCGCAUGUACCUGUUGGCUUUGCCGAGGAUGCGGGGUUGCGCCUGGAGCCAUGCGCCUAUCUGGACCAGCAAGGCGCGACCGUCAAGUCUAAGCCAGCUCGUUCAGCUGGCACGUACGGCAACCUAUCCGCCAUGCUGGCGCAGGCAAUGGAGGACGGCAACCUUCGUGCAACGAGCAGUGAUGACGGCGGGUGGGGGUUGGACCUGUUCGAGGGCGCUACUGUGGGUGGGCGGUACUCCAUUCUGCCAGACGAGGAGGCUGGCGACGUGCCACCGGACCGUCAGGUGCUAGCUAAGCUUGGGGCCGCAUCACCAUCACGUUGCCGCCGCGACAACGAUGGCGGCACCAGUAUCGCCCGGGACGGCAGUGCAGCAGGCAAGCGCCGGCGGCAUCAUGGAUCAUCAUCUGCUGGUCGAGAGCAGCGCGGCAAUCUUGGUGUGAUAGGAGGUGUGGCUGCAGCGGCUGGUACGGCGGCCCUGCCCACCUGGAGCAAGGCGGCCAGUGAGCGGCCGCGGCAGCCCAAGACGCGUCCGCACAGCGGUGCGAGUGCAGGCAAGCGGCAAAAGCACGAGUCGGCGGCUGCUGCAGACAACCCAGGCGUCAUGGGUACCGCCGAGCCGUGCAAGAGUGGCAGGCAGCAGCAAGCGCAGCAGCAGCAGCAGCAGCAGCAGCAGCAGCAGCAGCAGCAGCAGCAGCAGCAGCAGCAGCAGCAAGAUGUUGGCGGAGCAACAUGUGUCAGUGCCCCUGCAGCAGGUUAUGUCCCCAACCCAUAUGGAGCGUACUACGUCGGACCUGAGGCGCUGGGCGGAGACGGUGCGCCUACAACUUCCGGCGACAACUCAGGGACUGCUGGCAACGACAGUCAUGACGAUGAUAAGUGCGCAGAUGGCAGGUGCAUUUGACAUUGAUAUGGAGGCCGUGCGUGCCAAAGCUGACUUGUUUGCAAACAUGGUCGUGAAUGCUCCAUUUGCGGCUGCUACGUCGGGUGGCAGGGAGAACGAAGCAGCUGCAUGGCAAGUAUAUUCAGGCAUUUUGAAGGAUGAGACGUUGUGGGCGGGUUGGCCUGAUGCCGCACGCAAUGCAUGGCCCAUCCCAGUGAUGCAGUGGAUACGGUUGCUAGGACGCAUGCGUGCCCAAUACAAUUCCUAUGGAUCAUUUCAGAAUGCUGUUAAUGCGGUGUGCAAAGUUGGAACUAAGAUGGCACACAACAUGCACGUCGCCGAGUGUUUGAAGGCGGGCAAGGAUGUGGCGCACGCUAGCGGUCCACAGGCAUUUGACCCCCGCGUUUUGUACAGUAUGCAGCAUCGCCAAAUGAUGGACUGGAUUCGGCGGGAUGGGGGGGUGCAAGUUAAGCAUACUGAAUACAUAAACAUGGAGGAGGCACGAAACGGUCACAAGUUUACUGAUCAUCGUGCGCUGCCAGGUUUGCAAGCCAGUGCGUGUUGGAACAUGGAGAAUCUUAGCGGUGGACGCCGUCCAAGAUCACUAAGCGCCUUGCGGGUACGCCAUCUCAGCUGGCGAGUUACUAGUGUCAAGUGCGGCAAGGAAGAAUGGAAAGUACCAUCUCUGACGUACGAAUUUAUUGAUGAAAAGUUUAUGGACAAGCGGGGGCCUAGAAGUGUACCAGAGGACUUCUCCCAUUUUGCGAAUUUUGAGCGCGACGGGGGGCUCAGUUCUGCGUCAUAUCUAUAUGCUCUGUUCAAAGCCAGGGGGCUUUUCGUGCACGCUGAUCCGCUGAGCACGCUGCGGUCAGGGGAUGCAAUUGACACGCAUGAAUGGGCGCGAGAUUAUUUUGUGUACUGUUACAUGGAGGGCGACAUCUUUUAUGAUUGCAUCCCGUUAUCACCACAAGCUAUUUCUGACAUGACGCGCACAAUAUUGAAGAAGAUGGGUCGCAGUAUGCGAGGGGGGAGGGCUCACAGGCAUGGAGCAUACACGCGGCCCCAGAUGAUGAACUUGCUCCAGAACAAGGGUGUUGCAUUAGAUCCAAAGACUGAGGGUGUUGUGUUGCGUGCGGCAGGAUGGAGCUCCGUGCAUGGACCUACAACAACCCGCACUACGUACGAAAGUAUCCUGUUGGACCGUGCAGUAAACCCUUUUGGGCUGUUUUAUGGAAUAAACUUGGAAGAUGAGGUUUGGCAUGAACGCCUGGAGGAGUGGAUGGGGCGUGAUAUUGAGCCACAAACAGUGAUUCGACAUCAUGAUUGUCGGUCCAUGCUUCCUUUCAUUGUGCGAUUGCGUGCUCUCCAUGUAGAGGAGGUGGCAACUGCACGCCGCACGAUGAAUGCUGCUGGGUUGCAGCUACUGCAUGAGGCGUUACAUGGGACAUCUCGCGUGGUACUUGCGCAGCGGGAAUGCUCCAUAUAUGCUGCAUGGCGCCGCGUUAUCAAGUAUGGUAGCUGUGGGCAUCUGGGGAGUGAGAUGCAUAAAGCGGUUGAAGCGUACAAUGAACACAGAAUUCGCUACCGCGAUUUAGCUCGUAAAAACAUGGAUGGAGAGAGGCAUGCAAUGGUGUGUGCGUUUCUGGACGCGUGUGAUGCUGAAGGGAUAUUGUUGCCUGUGCGCAGCAAUGGCAUUCGGACGGCUGCAAAUGUGACACGCGACAAUUCAGCAAUUGUUCACUUGGCGGCCAGGCACAUAGUUGAUGUCGCAUUGCUCCCAGAUGCUGUGAACAGAGUUCUGUGCUGUACUGGGGACGGUCCUGCGCAGUGUGUGCACUUUGCAGAACGUUUGUAUGUUUUCCAGCACCUAGCUGACAGUGGGGAAGAAUAAAUAAGAGUGAUGUCAUAGGUGUGCUGCAUCACUGAACUGCGUGCACCCGCUAUUGUGCCCGACAUGUGCAUGCAGGUGAGGGCGGCCGAGGACAUGUAAUGCCUGCAGAUC